GGACAGUUUAAUUAAUAACUAUCGUCCCUGUUCUCCAUGACCCCGGUCUGUCACACACAUCUCUCCGGGAGGAUUCUGCCAGAUGCAGCCCAGCAGUCAUGAGCAAACACUGAUGGUGCUGUACUUUACAGUUUGGAGAUCUGAAGGCGAACGCAGGCACAGAGCCAUCCACCGGGAGACAGAAGGUAAAGACCACGAGGAUUGGACAGAAGGGGAGUUUACAGGUGGAUUCUUUCCCUGUUCUGGGUCCAAUCAUAUCUCCACAACUCUAAGUUGGUCCUGCACCACGGCCCAAAAUGAAUGAGUGGGUGGGCCCCGAUGUCAGUGUGGGGGGGCCAAUACAGAUCCCCAUUGAUGGUUACUCCCUUUCUGAGACAUCCCACUUUGUAGACAUUUUGGCAGACCAAGGAACUUCUCUUCUCCAAGACCAGGACGUCCUACCCUUCUCCAGCUAUCCCAGCAUGCAACCGUACCCCUCGGUGGAUCAAGAUCAAGACUCAAGAUUAACUUUGCCCCCUAUGUCGUCCCCUUCCUACUACCCCGGACCGCCUUACUAUGCCCCCUACAGUGGGGAGGACUGGUAUGGCCCUGCUGCUAUGUACGAGCUGAGGAAAGAGCCCCUGGAGGGCGGCUAUGGCGGCGAGGUGGACGCGGCGCCGGCAGCGUUAGCGCCUGUGGUGUGCCGGAGGUCGAGGAACGCCUCUCUCACAGGGCGGGUGAAGGGAGAGGAACUGUGUGUGGUGUGUGGAGACAAAGCAUCGGGAUACCACUACAACGCUCUUACAUGUGAGGGAUGUAAAGGCUUCUUCCGACGGAGCAUCACCAAGAACGCCGUGUACAAGUGCAAGAACGGCGGCAGCUGCGAGAUGGACAUGUACAUGCGCAGGAAAUGCCAGGAAUGCCGUCUGAGGAAGUGCAGAGACAUGGGGAUGCUGGCCGAAUGCCUGCUGACGGAGAUCCAGUGCAAGUCCAAGAGACUGAGGAAGAACACCAAGGCUUCUCCGGGGAGGUCUACAGGGGAUGAGGCGGAGGGGGGGGACAUCUCAGACACGAAGCAGGUUACAUCCACCACCAGACUAUCAAAGGAGAAGGUCACACUCAGUCAGGAGCAACAGGCGCUGCUGAGCUUCAUUGUCGAUGCAUACAACAAACAUCGAAUCCCUCAAGACAUGGCCAAAAAACUGCUACAAGAGCAUUUCAACGCAGAAGAGAACUUCAUGCUCCUGACGGACAUGGCCACCAGUCAUGUACAGGUUCUGGUCGAGUUUACCAAAAACAUUCCAGGUUUCCAGGCCCUGGACCACGAGGAUCAGAUUGCCCUGCUAAAAGGCUCAGCGGUGGAGGCCAUGUUCCUGCGAUCGGCCCAGGUCUUCACCAGGAAGAUGCCCCAUGGACACACAGAGGUCCUGGAGGACAGGAUACGCAAGAGUGGCAUAUCAGAGGAGUUUAUCACACCGAUGUUUAACUUCUAUAAGAGCAUCGGAGAACUACAUAUGCUGCCCGAGGAGCAUGCUCUCCUGACCGCCAUCACCAUCUUGACACCAGAGCGGCCAUACGUGAAGGACCAGGCGGCCGUGGAGAGGCUGCAGGACCCCAUGUUGGAGGUCCUGCAGAAGUUCUGCUGCCUGCAGCACUCGUCCGAGCCGCAGCACUUCGCCCGUCUGCUGGGCCGACUGACGGAGCUCCGGACGCUCAACCACCACCACGCUGAGAUGCUGGCGUCCUGGCGCAUGAGCGACCACAAGUUCACUCCGCUGCUCUGUGAGAUCUGGGACGUGCAGUGA